AUGGAAACAACUACAGAAGAGUUGUUUAGAAAAUUGGUAGAGUUGCCGAUAGAUGUGGUUGCUAUCAUUCUUAGCUAUUUACCCAAAUGUAUGCUUCCACAUUUAUUGUAUUUCCCACCAAUUAGAAAUGUUGUUGCUACGUGUAUUUUAUCAAAUGUCAAGAUUGUCCCGAUUGUUUCUAGACACUCCAAAAAUUAUCAUUUACAGGAUGUGUGUGAAGGGUGUACUGACGGUGCCAUGCCGAUUGAAUUGUCAAAGUUAAAAAAAGGAAUUAAGCAGUGGAGAAUAUAUCCUAAAACUGUUCAGCUAUGCUCAUUGGAUUCAUUUAGAGUUAUCAAAGAUACUUACCCGUUGUUAUUAGCCAAAGCUCAAGAAAUUAACGGGUCAUUUGACUUUCACGAAGGAGGAGAUCGUAAGAUUAUGGUUGAAAGUGCUGUUAAGUUUGAACAUUUAAAAUUGUACGGCUUUGAUACUUAUUUUGAGGAGCACCCUGAUGUGUUUCCCAAGAACGUUAGGAAUCUUGAAUUGGUUGGUACUGAGAUCAAGUCAUUCAAGAUUGAAGGUUUGAAUGGUUUAAGAAUUCGCAAUUCUAAGCCUCUUGACGAAGCAUCGAUUGCUACGCUUCCUGAUGAUUUGAAAAUGUUGGAAUGUGAAAUACAUACACAUGGGGAUUUUAAUUUGCCAAGGGGUUUGCACACUUUGGGCAUUGAUGGUUUCUCCAAUAAUUCUAAUUUCAAGCUUGGUCAGUUGGAUCAAUUGAAAUUCUUGAAUUUUUCAUCGAAAUUGACUACCAAAAUUGAUGAUAUUGGGCUAAUUGCCGACAAUUUAAAAUCUUUGAUUCUAAGCAGAUGUACCAACUUAAUGGACUAUCAGAGAUUGAGAAGGUUUAACAAUUUGGAAAUGUUUGCUAUAGUUGAAGGAUACUAUCCAAUUGAUUUAUUCAAUGAGACCAGUUUCCCAAAUAUGAAAGAAUUUAUGUACAGUGGGAAAUCAACGAUAUUUCCUCGGCCACUUUCACGAAACAUAAAAAAAGAAGGUGAAUAUUUGAGGAAAAUAUCAAAUUUGGAAUUAAUUCUACCACCUAAUCUAGAAAUGUUGGGUUUGACUAAUGCAGAGGAUAUGCAUAUUAAUUUUGCGAAAUCGAAAUUUCCAAGUUCACUUUCCGUUUUGAAUUUGUAUAAUGUUUCAUUCCGGAAUAAUCACUUUAAUUUAUUACCCUCAUUAGUACAUGUUGAAAUCAUCUCUGCGGCAUUUGAUAUUGACAAAGAUUUUUCUUUGCCUGAAAAUGCAACUACGGUUUCUAUUGACGCAGAGAGAAUACGUAUUAGUAACCUUGACUUUUUGUACCAUCUACCACGAAAAUUGGAGAGAUUUGAUCUCGCUGCAUCAAAGAAAGUAAUAAUGCCAAAAUUGACUCAAAAGGUAGAAUGGCCGGACACAUUGAAAGAGUUGGAAUUACGUCGUCUUGAUAUUGAUAGUGAGAUGUUGGCAAUGUUGAAUUUGAAGAAUUCAAAUAUUAAAAAUAUUGAGUUCUAUAGCGGUAAGUUGGGUAAGUUAAACUUGAGUUUAUUUCCUGUUGAUAUUGAAAGAUUAUUUUUGGAGAGAAUGGGGAUUACUGAGUUGCCUGAGUCGUUUGAAAGUUUGAGUAAGCUUCGUCAUUUGUCGCUAAGAAGAAAUUAUUUUGGAAGAGUUAAGUCUAUUAAACUCCCUAAGUUGCACUGCUUAAAUGUGAAUCAUUGUGAUUUACGUUUUAUUUCACCAUUCAUAGAGUCGAUGCGCCUGGAGAAAAAAGUCAAACCUUUAGGUGGGGAAUCAGAAUUACUUGUUAAGGCAAUGGAUAAUUGGCAUUUGAAUCCUAAAGAUGUCAAGAAACUGUUGAAUAUGAAUAAGAACAUGACGCUUACUGUGAAUUCAUUUGAUAUGGGGUUGCAUAGUCUUUCAAAUCACUCUAGUCGUUUCCUGUGUGAUAGGGAAGUAGAUGGUUUUUUGAUUCUGGAGACAGAAUAUUCUGACUUUGACGAAGAUGAAGGUUAUGAUACUUCCGACAGUUUACUGAGUCCCAGGGAUUAUUUAAGUGAUUGUGACUGUAAUGUUAAUCAUGAAGAAAUGAGUGACGAGGAUGAAAUGGCAGAUAAUGUUGACAAUUGGCAAGACCUAUAUGAUGACGAAGAGGAAAUUGAACAAUACUAUGGCAACUACAAUGAAGAUGAUGAUGAUGAUGAUGACGAUGAUGGCGAUGAUGGCGAUGAUGACGAUGAUGAAGAUGAUUUAGUUGAUUUUCCAUUUUUUGAGUUUAUGAGAGAAAAUAAUGAAGAAUUUAAUGGAGGUGGAAUACGUCAUAUUGGACAUCAUGUCUUUAUGGAAAGUGAAGAUGAAGAAGAUGAUGGUUUUGCUGAGUUUGGGGAUUUAGGAUUGCCUCCUGAUGCAGAUGGUCUCAGCGUUCUUACAGCGUUGAUAGGAAUUAAAGCAAUGCAAGACAAUGGUAUUCCGCCUGAUCUUGCCCGUCGUGCAAUUGAUAGUGGGUUUCUUAGAGAAUUAGUUAGACUGGAACUCGGAGAUAGAUUUCCUGGUUUGGAUGAUGACGAUGAUAGUGAUGAGGGUGAAGAUGAUGAUUAG